AUGUUAUAUUUGGAAGACUAUUUGGAGAUGAUCGAACAUUUACCUCAGGAGCUCAGAGAUCGCUUCACUGAUAUGAGGGAGAUGGAUUUGGGUAUACACAAUAACAUGGAUGAACUUGAAAAACGUGUGAAACUAUUUUUCAAUGACUGCAAGAGAUAUUCCCUGGAUAAUCUACCUCAAAAUGUCGAUACAGAGUUUCAAUCUAUCAGAAAAGAAUACUAUAAAAACUUGGAAGAUGCUGAUGAAAAGGUACAUUUGGCUAGUCAAAUGUAUGAUUUAGUAGAUAAGUAUUUGAGAAGGCUAGAUUCAGAACUCUAUAAGUUCAAGUGUGAACUGGAAGCUGAUAAUAAGGGAAUCACAGAAGUUCUGGAAAAACGAUCCCUAGAAUUAGAUACUCCAAACACUACACCUAGUAUAGCAUUGUUGCAACAAAAGGAAAACAGAUAUGAUAGCACGUACAGGUAUACGAGGCCGAGAGGCGAGAAACGGCGAGACAGCAGCGCCGCCUCCGUCCCUGCCGCCGCCGCCCAAUCAUCGUCCGAGAAACGGCAGACGGCCGUGUCUGCGAUCGCGCCGCCCGCCACGAUCGAGACCCGCCCAUCGGGCGGCGGACAGACGGCCCCGCCUGCGGCCACCGCCCCCGCCGGUGGCUAUACCUUGGGGCACGCUCUGGGGGCUGGGCCGGCUAUCGCCGCUGCCGCCUCGCAGGCCAUCGCCGCCACGCAACAGAUGCAGCAAGGUCGUCGCACGGCCAGCCUGAAGGCCUCCUACGAGGCCAUCAACAGCGGCGGCGGUGGGCACGGCGGCGGCGGCCACGAGUACGGCAUCGGCAGAGAAUUGGCGGGCGCCGCGCAGACCGCCAUCCAGGCCAUCCAACAGGAUCACGCCAACAACAAGAAGAAACAAAAGAAAUGGCACACCGGCGGCGGUGGCGGCAGCAGCAGCACCACCAGCACCUCCAACUCGUCCCUAUCGGGGGCGACAGGGGCGGCCUCGGCGACGGGGGUGGCCUCAGGCACGACCGCCCCCGCCUCCCCUGCCCUCGAUGCCGCCGCCCUUACGCCCGCCUCUGGAGCAGCCGCCGAAGUGACGGACGGCGAAUGGACGUACGACCCGAACGAGCCGCGCUACUGUCUCUGCAACCAGGUGUCCUACGGGGAUAUGGUAGCUUGCGAUAACGAGGACUGUCCGUCAGAAUGGUUCCAUUACCCUUGCGUGGGCAUCACCGCGCCCCCCAAAGGAAAAUGGUUCUGCCCCCAAUGCACGGCGACCAUGAAACGUAGAAAAGGAAGGAACAAUUGA